AGCCACUAUGGAUCAUCUUCGCACGUGACAUGGUCAUCCGGCUGAACGAGGAGCUGAUGUUGAACAGCCACAAGACCAUCGACGGGCGCGGCGCCAACAUCCACAUCGCCUACGGAGCCCAAAUCACGGCCCAAUUCGUCCACCACAUCAUCCUCCACAACCUCCACAUCCACCACCUCUCCCCCGGCAACGGCGCCAUGAUCCGCGACUCCCCCUCCCACUACGGCCUCCGCACCCGCAGCGACGGCGACGGCAUCUCCAUCUACGGCUCCUCCCACAUCUGGAUCGACCACAUCUCCAUGUCCGCCUGCGCCGACGGCCUCAUCGACGCCAUCAUGGGCUCCACCGCCAUCACCAUUUCCAACUGCCACAUGUCCAACCACGACGACGUCAUGCUCUUCGGCGCCAGUGAUGCCUACGCGGACGACGCACUCAUGCAGGUGACGGUGGCGUUCAAUCACUUUGGGAGGGGGUUGGUGCAGAGGAUGCCGAGGUGCAGGUGGGGGUUUGUGCAUGUGGUGAACAACGACUAUACGCACUGGAGGAUGUAUGCGGUGGGGGGGAGUCAGCAUCCGACGGUGAUAAGUCAGGGGAACAGGUACAUAGCGCCGCAUGAUGGGAAUGCGAAGGAGGUGACGAAGAGGGAUUAUGCGACGGAUGAGGUGUGGAGGAAGUGGACGUGGAGGUCGCAGGGGGAUUUGAUGAUGAACGGGGCGUAUUUUGUGGAGUCGGGGGAGGAGUUUGUGAGCGGGUAUGCGAGGCAGGAUGUGAUGAAGGCGAGGCCGGGGACGUUUGUGACCAGGCUGACGCGGUACGCGGGGGCGCUUGGGUGCAGGAUUGGCCUGCCUUGCUAAACAUGAUCUUUCUAUCAUAGUGUUGGUCCAAUAUGCUAAAAUUCACAAA